CCGGGACGCGGCGCGGGGCUCUGUGGAAUCUGCUAGUUUGGUGCACAGCGCGGAUUGAGGGCGAGAGAUCCAGCUGGGUGUGAGUGGGCGCCCGUAGAGGCGCAGAAAGAGAAGGCGGUAGAUCUGGGGUCCCCGGAGCUGCCCCAGAAAUGAUUCACGAACUGCUCUUGGCCCUGAGUGGGUACCCAGGGUCUAUUUUCACCUGGAACAAGCGGAGUGGCCUGCAGGUUUCCCAGGAUUUUCCAUUUCUUCACCCCAGUGAGACUAGUGUCCUGAAUCGACUCUGCCGGCUUGGCACAGACUACAUUCGAUUCACCGAGUUCAUUGAGCAGUACACGGGCCAUGUGCAGCAACAGGAUCACCAUCCGUCCCAGCAGGGCCAGGGCGGACUGCAUGGGAUCUACCUGAGAGCCUUCUGCACAGGGCUGGAUUCAGUUUUGCAGCCUUAUCGCCAAGCACUGCUUGAUUUGGAACAAGAGUUCCUGGCUGACCCGCAUCUCUCCAUAUCACAUGUCAAUUACUCCUUAGAUCAGUUUCAGCUCCUUUUCCCCUCUGUGAUGGUUGUAGUGGAGCAAAUUAAAAGCCAAAAGAUUCAUGGCUGUCAAAUCCUGGAAACAGUUUACAGACAUAGCUGUGGGGGGUUGCCUCCAGUUCGAAGCGCAUUAGAAAAAAUCCUGGCUGUAUGCCAUGGAGUUAUGUAUAAACAGCUCUCAGCCUGGAUGCUGCAUGGACUCCUUUUAGACCAGCAUGAAGAGUUCUUCAUCAAACAGGGUCCAUCUUCUGGUAAUAUCAGUGCCCAGCUGGAAGAGGAUGAGGAGGAUCUGGGCAUUGGAGGCCUGACAGGAAAACAACUGAGAGAACUGCAGGACCUGCGCCUAAUUGAGGAAGAGAACAUGCUGGCCCCAUCUCUGAAGCAGUUUUCCCUGAGGGUAGAGAUUUUACCAUCCUACAUUCCAGUGAGAGUUGCUGAAAAAAUCCUCUUUGUUGGAGAAUCUGUCCAGAUGUUUGAGAAUCAAAAUGUGAACCUGACAAGGAAAGGGUCCAUCUUGAAAAACCAGGAGGACACUUUUGCUGCCGAGCUGCACCGGCUCAAGCAGCAGCCACUCUUCAGCCUGGUGGAUUUUGAACAGGUGGUAGAUCGGAUUCGUAGCACUGUGGCUGAGCACCUCUGGAAGCUAAUGGUGGAAGAGUCAGAUUUACUGGGUCAGCUGAAGAUCAUUAAAGACUUUUACCUUCUGGGACGAGGAGAGCUGUUCCAGGCCUUCAUUGACACAGCUCAACACAUGUUAAAAACACCACCCACUGCAGUGACAGAGCAUGAUGUGAAUGUGGCCUUUCAACAGUCAGCACACAAGGUGUUGCUAGAUGAUGACAACCUUCUCCCUCUGUUGCACUUGACAAUUGAGUAUCACGGAAAGGACCACAAAGAUGCCACCCAACCAAGAGAAGUGCCUUCUCGGGAAACAUCCCCCCGGGAAGCUCCUUCUUCCGGCUGGGCUGCUCUAGGGCUUUCCUACAAAGUACAGUGGCCACUGCACAUUCUCUUCACCCCAGCUGUCUUGGAAAAGUACAAUGUUGUUUUUAAGUACUUACUGAGUGUGCGCCGUGUCCAAGCUGAACUGCAGCACUGCUGGGCACUCCAGAUGCAGCGCAAGCACCUCAAAUCUAACCAGACAGACGCAGUCAAGUGGCGCCUAAGAAAUCACAUGGCUUUCUUGGUAGAUAAUCUUCAGUACUAUCUCCAGGUAGAUGUGCUGGAGUCUCAGUUCUCACAGCUGCUUCAUCAGAUCAAUUCUACAAGGGACUUUGAAAGCAUCCGAUUGGCGCACGACCACUUCCUAAGCAAUUUGCUAGCCCAAUCCUUUAUUUUGCUGAAGCCUGUGUUUCACUGUCUGAAUGAAAUCCUAGAUCUCUGUCACAGUUUUUGUUCACUGGUCAGUCAGAACCUGGGUCCACUGGAUGAGCGUGGAGCUGCCCAGCUGAGCAUUCUCGUGAAGGGGUUUAGUCGCCAGUCUUCACUCCUGUUCAAGAUUCUUUCCAGUGUUCGGAAUCACCAGAUCAACUCAGAUUUGGCUCAAUUACUGCUCCGGCUAGACUAUAACAAAUAUUACACCCAGGCUGGUGGGACUCUGGGCAGUUUUGGGAUGUGAAAACUCUGGUUCAUAAAAUGAAGUAACAGUCAGCCCUACCACGUUCUGAUGUCUGUAACAAAUCUCUCUAGUCAUUCAUCAAAUGCCUACAGACUGCUGAAAGGGUCUUAGAAGUUCAGAGGUAUAAAUCUUUCCUACCAUUCCUGUAGGGGAACUGGGGUCUGAUAUCCCUCUGCUGACCACACGAAGGCUUUGAUCCUUUACACUAAGACAUCUGUUGAGUGGGUUCAUUUGUGGUUUAUUAACAGUGGUUUAUUGAACAUUUACUGUAUUCCUAUGGAAGAUAACCACAGUAAACAAUGGGGACUGAUAGAAUAUUUUUAGGCUUGGCUCUUUUGUAAGAAAGGAAUCGUGCUUAUGCGUAGGUAAGCUUCUAUUUGUUAUCACCAAAUUAGAAAAGCCUUUAGACAAGCUGCGGGCUUUUCCUUUUUCUGUACCUUAUAAUUUGUCCUACCCAGAAAUUUAAAAUUUGAGUAUCCUUUAUCUGAAGAAUUUAAAGAUGAUAGAGGUCAAAUUGUUCAGAUUUUAGAAACUGAAAACUGCAACCCAGUUUUCCCACCUUAGACCUGCCACAGGAGUUAAGGUUUUAUGGUCAGACAGCCUAGCCACCACUGGCUAUAACAAACGUUAGUACGUUCUCAUCAGCAUAAACAAAAGGAACACUUCACUGACAUGCCUUCCCUUCAAGCUGGACAAGAACACAGCAUUCGGGCCUCAGUUUGUAGUCACUUAAUCCUCUCUUCAUCUACAUUGUCUUCUGCCCACCAUGAAAGCCUGAGCCCCGUACUUGUCAACUGGAGAGGAUCGACCCCUUCCACUGUUACCUCUAAAAGCAGGGCUUAGCAGAUAACAGCCUGCUGCUUGUUUUUGUAAAUAAAGUAUUAUUCAAACAACCACACAUAUUCA